AUGGGUGUUCGUGUAGUUCUUUCAGAAUUACGCUCCGAGUUUUGGAUACUCCGUGGUCGUCAAGCCAUCAAGCGAGUGAUUAAAACCUAUUUACCGUGCAAACUGUCUCAUGCUUUAAGUUCUAAUGAAAUAGAAGCCCCUCUUCCAGCUGACAGACUCACUCCUUGUAUGCCUUUCGAUACUACUGGAAUAGACUUUGCAGGCCCAAUUUAUAUUAGGACCUUUAAACCUUCAAAUACAGCUUACAUCACGCUAUUUACAUGUUCUACUACUAGAGCCUUGCAUAUCGAACUUGUUUCUGACCUUUCUGUAGACAAGUUUCUUUUGGCCUUGCAACGAUUUGUCAGUAGAAGAGGACUUCCACAUACUAUAUACAGUGACAACGCCACUACCUUCCAUGCCACAAACAAAGAACUAAUUUUCCUUUGGAAUACAUUGACAUCAGCAAAAGUGCAGCAAUUCUAUGCUCACAAUGGUAUAAAGUGGAAGUUUAUUGCACCACGAGCAGCUUUGUGGGGAGGAUGGCGGGAGCGACUAAUAGGUCUAACCAAACGAUGCCUUCGAAAAUCCCUUGGUAGCUCAUUACUAGAUGAGGAAGCCUUAACUAAGGUAUUAGUGGGAAUAGAAGCCUCACUCAACAGUAGACCUUUGAUUUAUGAGCGUGGUGAGAAUGAUACAGAGGAAGCUUUGACCCCAGCUCAUUUCCUAACUGGUCGAAAGUUGACCACUGUCCCAUCUGGACCUGAGUCUAGAAAUGACAAGCUCACAAAUAUUUACAGGCAACAGCAAGACUUACUGGAUACAUUUUGGAGAAGAUGGUUCAAAGAAUAUCUUUUGGAGUUACGCACAUUUCAUCAAGUAGGGAAUGUAAAGCAAUCACCACGAGUACGAGUAGGUGACUUGGUACUAUUACAAGAAGAUCUGCGACCACGACAAAUGUGGAAGAAAGCUCUCGUAGUGAAAUUAAUCGAUGGCCGGGACGGAAGAAUUCGAACCUGCAUACUUCGUGUCAAAGGAAAGGAGAUUACCCGUCCAAUUCAACUGGUCAUACCUCUGGAGGUUGACCAGGGUGGGGAGGAUGUCGCGGAAGGAGAGCAAGCAAACAAUUUUGUAUAA